CCCCAGCACGGAGCUCCCUCCCCUCAGACUUUCCUUCACUCCAUAACUUCGGUCCGUUUCCGAACACCAAAUCAGCGCCGGUCCAACCUAUCGGUGAUCCAGCUGGAGUCGCAUCUGGAGAGACGGCGGAACAUGGCUUCCAGGUCGGGCUUUGGGCUUUGGGCUUUCUUCUGACAGCUGAACUUCUUCGGCAAUGCAGCAGUCCCCUCUCUGAUGAGACGAUGAGAACCCACACCCGAGGGGCCCCCACAGUCUUCUUCAUAAGACUGCUGUGGCCCCUGCUUGCUCCAGUUCCCGCAGCUGAAGUGGACCCUGCCGGCGGAAUUCCCUUCAUGGGAGGCAACUAUGACAGUCAUCCCAUGUUGUACUUCAGCCGUGGGGAUGUGGAGGAGCUCCAGUACGCAGCGGCAGGAACUCAUCGGCAGAUGGCCAGGAGGAUCCGAGAGGCCGGGGAGACCAUGCUGGAGCACCCAGAGGAGUACCUGCCCCCUUGGAGCCCCACAGAGUUCACCGCCCGCUGGAAUGAGGUCUAUGGAAACAAUUUGGGUGUGCUGUCCAUGUUCUGCCUGCUAUACCCGCACAGGGCCGGGGCCCUCGACCUGGCCAAGGACUACAUGGAGAGGAUGGCGGCUCAGCCUAGUUGGUUGGUGAAGGAUGCCCCCUGGGAUGAAGUUCCUUUGGCACACUCGCUGGUUGGAUUUGCCACGGCCUACGACUUCCUGUAUGAGUACUUGAACAAAGGCCAACAGGAUCGCUUCCUUCAGGUGAUAGGCAAUGCAUCUCGCUUGAUGUACGAGAAGUCCUAUGUACGUGGCUGGGGGUUCCAGUACCUGCACAAUCAUCAGCCCACAAACUGUGUGGCUCUGCUCACCGGAAGCCUGGUCUACAUGACCCAAGGUUACCUUCAGGAAGCCUACCUGUGGACAAAGCAAGUUCUGUCCAUCAUGGAGAAGUCUAUGGUCCUUCUGCAGGACGUGACAGAUGGUUCACUUUAUGAGGGUGUGGCCUAUGGGACCUACACCACCCGUUCCCUAUUCCAGUACAUGUUUCUGGUGCAGCGCCACUUUGCCAUCGGCCACUUCAGCCAUCCUUGGCUACUGAAGCACUUUGCCUUCCUCUACAGGACCAUCCUACCAGGAUUUCAGCGGACCGUGGCCAUCGCAGAUUCCAACUACAACUGGUUCUACGGGCCAGAGAGUCAGCUGGUCUUUUUGGAUCGCUAUGUGUUGCGUAAUGGCAGUGGGAAUUGGCUGGCAGAUCUGAUUAAUCAAAACAGGAUUACAGAAGGGCCAGGCCAGGCUGGAAAGGGCCAGCGAUGGUGCACGCUGCACACGGAGUUCAUUUGGUAUGACCCUGGCCUGAUCCCCAAACCCCCAGCUGACUUUGGAACGUCUCAGCUCCACUACUUCGAGGACUGGGGUGUGGUGACGUAUGGCAGUGCUUUGCCUUCUGGCACCAACAGCUCCUUUCUGUCCUUCAAGUCUGGGAAACUAGGGGGACGCGCCAUCUUUGACAUCGUUCACAAUAACAAGUACAAAGAGUGGAUCAAAGGCUGGAGGAACUUCAACGCUGGUCACGAGCACCCAGAUCAGAACUCUUUCACCUUUGCACCCAACGGUGUCCCGUUCAUCACCGAGGCACUGUAUGGACCUAAGUACACUUUGUUAAAUAAUGUGGGAUUGUUUGGCUCAACCCUAUCUGGAAGCUGCUUUAAACCAUGGGCUGGACAAGUAACAGAAGCCUGUGACUCUAAGUGGUUAAAGUACAAGGUGGGCCUUGCAGCUGAUGCCCAGGGCAGAGUGGAAGCUGCUAUAAAGAGAGAGGGAAUGGUCUUCAUUCGUGGCGAAGGGCAUUCAGCUUAUAACCCAGAACUGAAAAUCAAGAACUUCCAGAGGAACUUGCUGCUUCUUCACCCACAGCUUCUGCUCAUGGUUGACCACAUCCACUUGGACCCAGGCAGCCCAACCAGGGCCAUGAGUGCCUUCUUUCACAACACAGAGCUGCCAUUUCAGAGUACAAAAGUAGAUGGUGUUCAUGGAGCGUUUGUAACACAUGGGAAGGAGAACUAUAAGAUGUUUUGGAUGGAUGACACCAACUCCAGUAACAAAGGGGUGGUGGGUUACUGGAGUUACCCUCGAGGGUAUCCCUAUAAUGGCUCCAAUUACGUGAAUGUAACAAUGCCACUGAGGUACCCGCACACGAGGGUGGCCUAUAUUUUCUUUGGACCAGGCUUGGAUGUACAGAGCUUCAGCUUACGUGGGGAUGAUCAACGGGUGGAUAUUUACCUCUCCACCAAAGACCAUACCUACACCAUCUACCUUCUGACAGGGGAGGUCACCAGCAAGCCUGUGUUUGCCAUAGUGCUGCUGGACCACAAAAAGAUUGUGUUUGAGAGAGCAGCAGCUGUUGUAGACAACUUCCCUGUGGAAGUUGAAGAAUAUGCUAGUGUGAUGGAGGACAAUCUCCAGCAUGUCAAACCUGUCUUCCAGCAGAUGGAAAGACACAUCCUGGGACAAGUCCUCAACACUGCCAGCUUCCGUAGGACCGCUGAGCGCCUCCUCCAAUUCUCUGACAAGAAGAAGACAGAGGAGGUUAUUAAGAAGAUGUUUGCUAUGUCCAAGAAACAGAACAAGGCCAAGGGGGGAAAGAGGUUAAACCUUGGAGAGAAGCUGUCCGAGAGCCUGCCUGACAUUUUUGCACAAAUUGAGGUCAACGAAAAGAAAGAGAGACAGAGGAUAUCAAAGCGUACAUAUGAGGACAGUCCAGAGGAAGGGGAUGCAGACUCGAGGGCCUUUGUGGAUUAUCCAGCUGGUCACAGGAACAGGAAGGGGGGCUUAGUUAAAGGCCGCAGGUUUAAGGAGGUUCACAUUGUGACCACAGCAAGGAGUGAGGGGCUCUCUGGUAACCCCUCCUACAUUAGACUGUUCCUGCUUAUGAACACCACUACCUUCUUCCUACUGCUGGCUGUUCUGCUUACUCGAUUUCAGAGGGGGCGGAGCCUGCACACGCAGAGGUGCUUUUACACCAUCGUUUUGAUCGACUGCUUCAUCCUGCUGUACCUUUACUCAUCGUGUUCUCACACACAGUGCUGACACCCUGAACUCCUCCGCAUGACAGGAUGUCCUGUCUGUUCAGGGUGAACUGAAAACACGCUCCUCUUUGUGCCAGGCCUGACAGCAAAACAUUAAGGCCACUGUUUAGAAAUGUUUAAAAAGGUUUUUAAAAAGUUAAUUUGUAAUUGUCCAGGAAAACAACCAAAAUGACAUAAAAAGACAAAGAGCACUAAGUGUAUGGAUGUAGUACAAUCUUGGUCCACUCAGUUUUUAAUUAUACAUUUUCUUCUUGAUUUCCACCCUCUGAAUAUCAUUCUUUCUUCUAGGAAUGUCUUAUCAUUCUCUGUAAUAAGACUAGUAAGCUUUUAACAUUUGUUGCCUUUUUAUCAAGUAAAGAUACAUGCUUAUCUCA